AUGGUAAAGCGCGUCAAAAACAUCAACGGAAGCAAAAGCUUUGGAGGCAGUACGGGGCCGUGUGUGGGCAACUCGAAUCGAAGAUCUUGGCUGGUUUUAGCGAUGCUGGUAGAUGGACUGGUUUUGUAUCUGCUUUUGUAUUUUGGCAGCAACAACGUGCAGUGGAAUCAGCCAAAACCAGCACUAAGAAGAUACUACAGUGAUUCAGCUUCACGCGUUGUACCCUCACGUCCUACUCAACAAGGUAUAAGUGCUACCUCGAAAGUACUUCUAAAUACAGUAACACCUCAAGUAAAUCCAACCAUCGCUGAUAACUCCUUCUUCUACAUCCAAAACCCAAAGACAAUUUACAAUAUAUGCGACCAGCUUGAGUUGUACAUAGAAGCCAGGGACGGUCAGGGCAAGAGGAAGAUCAGGGGAGGCGAUCACAUGUGGCCGGUCCUUUGGACAGCGUCACUGAACGCCAGUGCCCCAGCAGACGAGUUGAUCGACCACAGUAACGGUACGUACACCGCCCACUUCACGCUACACUGGACCGGGGAAAUCGAGCCGCUGGUACCAUUCAUCUACAGCGCCGAGCACGCUGAUUUCCUGCGGAGCUUCAGGGAGCGAUUCCCUCACAGGCACGCGUACGACGGCAAGUUCACGGACCACAAUGGUACCGUGGAAAUAACUCCGUGUCACGUCGACAGAGACAUAUUCGUGGACAACGGAGCCGAAGGGUUGUCGCUGGCGUCGAAAUAUGAAGUUUGUGACUUCUCCAAUGGGAAGGCAGGCACGUCUUGGUAUUGUCUCAAACCGAAGACUCUCUCUUGCUCCGAUUUUACUCAACAUCGUGGUAACACGAGGAGAGGCGGAGAGUAUAGAAAAUCAGUGAUACGACCAGAUGAAAGCAGUUUAGUGAAACGUCCCAAGGAAUUAAAGAAUAUUGGAAAACUGAAGAAAAUCACAGUGAUUUCUAAUGUGAGUGAUGCUGCAUGUUUUGAUCUACCGCCUUGUAAAUCUGGCCUUCCACCCAAGCAACCAAACCGGGCCGCUGGAUACUACUUUGAAGAUUCCUGGAAAUCUAAACUCUGCCGUGAGAGGGAACUCAACCUGAGCGACACUCUGAAAUGUCUGAGAAAUAAACGCCUUUACUUCUACGGCGAUUCCACGCUGCGGCAGUGGUUUCUGUAUCUUAUCUCAAACCUCGGUGAAACUAUGAAGGAGGAUCAAAUAAACACAACGGCGCUUGCCAAAAUGGGCCCGAGGCGCGCCCGGGAUCCCACACAUAACAUCACACUGUUGUUCCGCCACCACGAGUAUCCGAUUCGGAACAUUUGGGCCAACGUGCGAGACAUCAAGUUCACGGUGAAUGAAAUUGACGGGUUACCGGGCGGUGCCGACACGGUGGUGGCCCUGACCAUGUGGGCGCACUUCACCACCAACAAUCUGACGUAUUACCAGUCCCGGCUGGAACGCGUCAGAGACGCCAUUGCGCGGCUGCACAAGCGGGGGACGGGCACCAGUCCCGUGUUCUUCAAGUCAGCGAACACCAGGGGCUACUACACGAUGGACCUCAGCGAUCUGUACGCUUACGAUCUGGACCAGACGUUGAGGGCGGUGUUUAAGGGUGUUCCUGACGUCACCAUCAUCGAUGUCUGGGAUAUGACUUUGAGCCAUCGGACUGGGUAUCACAUCCAUCCUGUGCAAGAAGUCAUCAAAGAGGAAAUCAAGAUGUUUCUAAAUUUCAUUUGCAAUGCUCCGAGUGUCUCGUAAUUAGCCUAUUUGAGGUAUGGCAGACACUAAAGGGCGCUGUUUGUGAUUUGGGUAAACUCUUUUGUAUUUACCCAAAACCUAACCGCGCCCUCCUUUUGUUUCCGCCAUAUCUCAAUAGGCUAACGAAGAGUUCUGCGAGAAAUUACCGAGGAAGACAGAUUUGUAUUUUGGUCACGUUGAAAGAAAAUUUGGACUUACAGAACUUUUAGGCCUAAUUGCACGUGAUUUUGUCCUUUGAAGCAAUAACAUUCUUGAUCUAUAGUGUUAGUCUGAAGUAAGGGUAAAUUUGCGUUUGUGUUUGAAGUAGUCCGCGUAGUUAGAGAAAGACAUUAUAUAGUUAUAAUCCAUAAGUUACAAACGAGGCUUGGCUAAAUUCGCGAGCGAGUCGCCCGCAUCAAAAAUACCGUAUUUAAUAGUGCAGCGUCCCCUGAAAAUGUGCAUGUUCGAAGGGGCAAACUGCUUGGCCGCUGGUAUUGGUUGCUUGCCCCGUUUGUGAGAACUGCUCGUGCAAACAACGCACGAUUCAAUGGCGUUGUUUUCACAGGUUGAACGCACACUCACAGGUUCAACGCACGUUUAUUUGUACUUGUGGGACGUGGACAGACACACGGAGAUUUCUCGAAUUAUAUAUAUAUGUAGUAAAAAAAAAAACAUGAGGAAGAAAAGUGUGCAAUUGUUUAUUUACCCAUUGUUGAUAAUGGAAUAGCCCCCCAGUGAAGUACCCAUUGUUGAUAAUGGAAUGAGCCCCCAGUGAAGGCCAGCUAGCUAUAUGCCAACCUCGUCCCCAGGGUGUCGAGCAGUACGCGCCCACCACUACCUGCUCUCUCACCCUGGUAUUAGAUCAUUUGCAUGUGCAAGACUUUUAAACACGUAUGCACAUGAGGAAUAGACUGGUGCCUGCAUGUGCGUUACAUUAGCAUUUGUUUUUGUAUGCGGUGUCUGGGGUAUCGCGCCGUGAGUUAUCAAAACGCGAUAUUUUUUUUGGAAGUUAAAAUGUUACAAUCUGGCCCGCCAAUAUGCAGUUUCACAAUGUGUAUUUAUAUGAGAAAACCGGAAAGAAAAGGAGUAUUAUUGAGAAGGCGUGGACGUUAUAAUUACAAUAAUCGCG